GUACGUCGUCACGUGGGCAUCGGCGUGUGCAAAAAAUAUCAUAUUACAUUUUGUAUGAUAAUUAAUAAAAUAGUAAAAAAGUGUCGUUUUUUCUUCAUUAAUAAGUGCGCAAAUCGCCUCAUAUUAUUGUAUUUGCCAUAUUGGCUCUAAUAGCCAUCGAUAUUAAUUAGUCGUAUUAUUAUAUUGUAUCUCGUGCCGAAUCUCGGCCAUUUUGUAUAAUAGUGUGUGCAAAUCUCCGCUAACAAGGUUGUUUUAUAUUUGACCUUUUUGCUAUUAUUCUUCCAUAAAAUAGGAUAAUACCAGCUGGCCAGUCUACGCUCUACAAAUUGUAUGUUCACUGUUCACGUCAUAUAUUAUAAUAUUAUAUUAUAUUCGUCAUCUUGAAAAACAAUAAUAUAGCAAGUUUCAUCGUAUCAAAUAUGACGUCGGUACUAAAAUGGGUGUUUGUACUUGUAUUUGCGGCCGUCAUAUCAGUAACACUCUUAACAGUUAUAAAUAAUCAUAAAAGGGAAUUGAAAUGGAUUCCAGAAGACGAAAAGCUUACAGAAAUUACAUCAGCAAGUCUUUUAAUGACUAAUUCGAGUAUAAUAGCUAAACUGUGGAAAACUACACAUCGCUUAUCACCGAACGUUCGCCCGCAGCAAUACUUCAUUCAUCUGUACCCGAAUCUUGAACGAGGUUCUUUUAUUGGUUCCGUCAAUAUAACAAUAAUAUUGGAUACUGCUCAAAGUUACAUUAAGCUACAUUCAAAAGGAUUGAAUAUUAAAGAAACUAAACUCAAUUCUAGUCCUGUAUCAGCGCUUCCACUUCUAGGACAUGAAUGUUUGGUUGUGGUACCUAAUGCAGAACUAAGUGCUGGGGAACACAAAUUACAAAUAUCAUUUGAAGGUAGUUUAUUGGACAAAGUAGCAGGGUUUUAUCGAAACAGUUAUAAUGAUACAAAGAGCCAUGAACAACAUUAUAUUGCUAGUUCAAAGUUUGAACCAACUUAUGCGCGGUUAGCGUUUCCAUGUUUUGAUGAGCCUCAACUGAAAUCAAAAUUUAAAAUUAGUUUAACUCGACCAUCUGGUAAUAACUAUAUAGCAUUAUCCAAUAUGAACCAAGAGUCUGAAGAAAUCAAUGUCCCUACAAAUGGACUGACAACUGUCCAUUUUGCUAACACUGUCCCAAUGUCUACGUAUCUUGUUUGUUUUAUCGUAGGUGAUUAUCAAUCACUUGAACCUGUAAAAGCAGAUCAAGGAUUUCCGUUAACAGUUUAUGCCAAAAGCGGUCAAACCGAAAAUAUGAAAUAUGCCCAACAUCUAGGUCUCAAGACAAUUAAUUAUUAUGUAAAUUAUUUCGGCAUUCAAUAUCCAUUACCAAAAUUAGACCUGAUACCGAUCCAAGGCUUUACUGCUGGAGCAAUGGAAAAUUGGGGUCUUGUGACUUUUCAAGAAACAAGUGUUUUAUAUGAUGAAAGUAAAAGUUCUAUUGAUGACCAAGAGGGAAUCGCUCAUACUGUUACUCAUGAAUUAGCUCAUAUGUGGUUUGGAAAUCUUGUAACUAUGAAAUGGUGGAAUGAUAUAUGGCUUAACGAAGGGUUUGCCUCUUACAUGAAAUGUAAAGCUAUGCAAGUCGUCCACCCUGAUUGGGAUGUUGACACAUCGUUUCCACUUCAUAAUCUCCAACCUGCACAAUAUCUAGAUAGUAAACUGAGUUCUCAUGCUAUAGUGCGAAAUGUUUCUAAUCCCUAUCAAAUUACUGAAAUAUUUGAUGGUAUAGCAUAUUCUAAAGGAGCUACUGUAUUAAGAAUGUUAGAAAGUCUGUUGGGUGACCAAGUAUUCAGAAUUGGUGUGAACGCAUAUUUAAAACGUUUUGCAUUUAACAAUGCUGAAACUGAUGAUUUAUGGACAGAAAUACAAACGGCUACUAAUAAUACAGCCAAUGUUAAAAAGGUUAUGGAUACAUGGACACGUCAAGCAGGAUUCCCACUAGUUUCAGCUAUAAGGAAUGGAACUAAACUUACUUUAAAGCAGCAACGUUUUUUGUCCAACCCAAAUACUAAUUCUUCAAAUUCCUCAUCUCCGUAUAAUUUCAAAUGGGAAAUACCAAUCACAUAUACCACUUCAAACAAUAAUACGGUGCAUAAAUUUUGGUUAAGCAAAGACGAGGAGACAAUUACGAUUGACAUACCUGAUGCUGAAUGGAUAAAACUAAAUCACAGACAAGUUGGAUAUUACAUCAUAAACUAUUCAGAGAGAGAUUGGUGUUUACUUAGCAAUUUAUUAGAAAAAAAUGUUGAUGCAUUAAGUGCGGCUGACCGUUCAAAUCUUAUUCAUGAUGCCUUUAGUUUGGCAAAAGCUAAUUACUUACCAUAUGACAUUGCGUUAAACAUGACAAAAUAUUUACCUAUGGAACAUCAUUAUGUCCCGUGGGAAGUAGCUGCUACAAACUUACAGACAUUAAGUGAACAUUUAUAUCAACGUCCGGCACAUAAAAAUCUUGAAAAAUAUGUACAACAUUUAUUGGGAAGCAUAAAAGAAGAUAUUUGGAAUGAUUCAAGUAAUAAAAACUUCAUACAACGUAAGUUUCGAGCAGUUAUUUUAAAAUUAGGAUGUACAUAUGGUUUACCAAGCUAUCAAAAGGAAGUGUAUGAAUUAUUUAAACGAUUUUUGAAUGACAAAAUCAAACCGCAUCCAGAUAUUAGUGAUACAAUUUAUUACUAUGGAAUGUCUAUGGGAAAUGAAAGUGAAUGGAAUAUAUUGUGGGACAUAUUUUUAAAUGAACAAGAUCCUCAGGAAAAAGAGAAACUUAGGGAUGCAUUGACAGCCUCAAAAGAAACAUCAAUAUUAACUAGACUGUUGCAACUUGCAAGAAAUGAGAAUCAUGUUAGUUCCCAAGAAUAUUUAAGAAUCAUAUUACUGAUAAACCGUCAUCCUUUUGGAACUCAAUUCGUAUGGGACUUUUUGAGGGAGAAUUGGCAGAAUUUGGCUGAUCGUUUUUCUCUUUCUGAUGGGCAACUUGGAUCUCUCAUACCUUCGGUUUGUUCUCAUUUCAAUACACAAGAACGUAUCAGUGAAAUGAACAAAUUUUUAAAUUGGUAUCCAGAAGCUGUAGCUAGAAAAAAUGGAAGACAAACUGCGAUAGGAGUUGUAUCUAAUAAUAUUAAAUGGUUAAAAAAACACGAAGCUGGUAUUAAUAAUUGGUUGAUAAAUUCCAUCUAAUUUUAAAAAUAUCUUUUAUUUGAUUGUCAAUAUUUAAAAAAUCAAUAUCUUAUUAUAUAGGUCAAAAAUAUUUAAUAUUAGAAUGUUAAUUUCUAUAUUGUUACUAUUUGUUUAUUUAUCAUAUUAAUUAUACGUGUUUUUACAAUAUUUCCAUAACUUAAUAACUUUUAAUAAAGUUGAAUGUUAAUUGUAUACAAUA